GGACGAUGACUGUGCGUCUUUUUUGACAGGUGGGAUGGCGGUAGGGUAUGGGACGGUCGAGAUGGCUGAAGCGUAACGUCACGCGGCUUCCGACGCCGGAUGGAAGGCCAGGGAGAGUUUUGCGAGACUGGCCUCUCUCGAGUGGCUUUUACCCCUCUCUCGAACAGCCUCCUCCUUGUCGAUGGAACUGGAACACCCCCCACCGAGUCUGUAUCCUAUCGACGUCUUCGUUCGACGUAUCCAGUCGCGUUUCUAGAUGCUCAUCCCAAGGCUUUACUCUUCUGGGCCGGGGCCGGGGUGGAUGACGAGACGAUGUCUACUAGAUCACCCUGUCCCGCCCAUCCUGAAAGUCUGUGCCUCACUCGCUUGAUAUGAAGUGGUCAUGUUGUGGAAAGACGGGACUGUAGCUUCCGGCGGCAAAAGAGAUUCAUCGACAGAUGGCGAGAAAUGCGCCACCACCUGCGUCUCUGACGAAUGGCAUCAAUGUUUCACUCGUGGACGCGGGCUCUGUCGCCCAUCAUCAUCGUGACGGCAGAUCAGAGUAUAUCAUCGCCCUCGCCAAAGAUGAUCUGUCGGCUGUCGCCUCGACUUUCCCUGUUGUUCUCCAUCUCGCCGUCUUCCUUUUUCUUGUCUCUCACAUUGCCGUCUUCUCUUCGCCCGUGAGCCCCAGAGGCCACCCUCGUUGUUUCUCAAGUCCUUCUGAACGUUAUCAUCAUCGGGUUCGAGUCGGCUGUGCCUUCGACACUCUUUGGUUCCUUUCCUCCUUCCUUCUCGCCCCAUAUUAUUCCAUAAUAGCCGCGUGAGCCUCCGAGAGCCAUGCAUCUUAAGCACAUCGUUGCCGCCCUGGUGGCCUUCAGCUCUUUGGCAGCUGCCGGUGAGUCUCCGAGCGCGACGAAUUUGACUGAGGGCCAGGCUGAACCGUGACCGUCUCGCAGCACCCGCACAAGACUCGAAAGCCGUGGUCAGGAGAGAGGAUCCGAAGCAGAACAAGGACCAAGGUCAGGCCAAAAACAACAACAAUAACAACGACAAGAACAACAAGAACAACGACAAGAACAACGACAACAACAACAAAAACAACAAUAACAUCAAUAACAAUAACAACAACCGCAAUGGGAACAUCAACAUUAUCCAGAACAU